UGGGGCGAGGGGGCCCGCCCAAGCUCUGGGCGCCGACCAGCCUGGCGCUGCGCUGCCCGGGAGGGCCUCGGACUUGGGUCGGCCUUGGCGCCGGGCCUGAGGGGCAUCGGUUCACCGCCCCCGCCGGGAGACCCUGCCCACUCCCGGAUGGAGGCGCCCCGUUUUCGUAGCUCACGGGCCGCGGUUCCCCCAUACUACCUGUGUGACCUUGGGCUAGUCACUUGGCCUCUCUGAGCCAGUUUCCACCCCUCACUUUUGAGCACAGUUCUGCCUGGUUGCAAGUUGAGGGGGUGGUUCUGUGAGGCGCACAGAAGUUGGCAUCUAGAGAGGAGCCAGGGCUCCAGCACACCCAGGGCCCAGGUGGCCUCCCUGCCUGGUGGGGACCCAGCACACAGUGAGGGAGUGCGGACUGCAGGUGGCUGCUUCCUCCUGGACCGGGUGGGCACCUAGAAGCCAGGGACCCUGCGCCCACGCAGGUCCUGCCUGGGGAGGGUACAUCUGCAGACGCAGCAGGAGGUGAAGCUGCGCAUGACCGGCAUGGCGCUGCAGGUGGUGCGCUCCGACGGCGUCCUGGCGCUCUACAACGGCCUCAGCGCCUCCCUGUGCAGACAGAUGACUUACUCCCUGACUCGGUUUGCCAUCUAUGAGUCCGUGCGGGACCAUGUGACCACGGGCAGCCAGGGACCCCUGCCUUUCUACAAGAAGGUGUUGCUGGGUUCCAUCAGCGGUUGUAUCGGAGGCUUCGUGGGGACCCCUGCAGAUAUGGUCAACGUCAGGAUGCAGAACGACGUGAAGCUGGAGCCCAGUCAGCGCCGAAACUACGCCCAUGCCUUGGAUGGCUUGUACCGCGUGGCCCGAGAAGAGGGUCUGAAGAAGCUGUUCUCUGGCGCGAGCAUGGCGGCCAGUCGCGGGAUGUUCGUCACCGUGGGCCAGCUGUCCUGCUACGAUCAGGCCAAGCAGCUGGUCCUCAGCACCGGGUACCUGGCCGACAACAUCUUCACUCACUUUGUCGCCAGCUUCAUCGCGGGUGGAUGUGCCACGGUCCUGUGUCAGCCCCUCGACGUCCUGAAGACCCGCCUGAUGAACUCCAAGGGCGAGUACAAGGGUGUCUUUCACUGCGCUGUAGAGACAGCAAAGCUCGGGCCGCUGGCCUUUUACAAGGGCCUCGUGCCUGCAGGCAUCCGCCUCAUGCCGCACACCGUGCUCACGUUUGUCUUCCUGGAACAGCUUCGCAAACACUUUGGCCUCAAAGUGCUUUCCUGACGGGGCCAAGGAGUGGGCUGAGCCAGGGCCAGCCCCCAGCGCCAGGCUCUUCCAGGGUCUGGGAAGGCCGUGGGCGAGCGCUGCCCUGAGCCCAGCAUCUGCCCCGGCGCGCCCCGGCCUCCCUGGCCCCAGACCCCACCCUGUCCUUUCCCAGCAGGCUCAUUCCAGUGACCUUCGCCCCCUCCAUCUCCUACCUGCCCGCCCCAGCCUGUCCCCUGCACACUGCUGACUCACUCAGAGGGGAGGUAUCCAGGCCCCGGGUCCGGUUUUCUCUCCUCCCUGGGUAGCUGGUUAACACUGGAGGCGGGAAAGCUGGGCUGGGGCUUCUAGGGUCUGGGGUCCCCUGCCCCUUCUCCUUUGGCCCCUGAGGUUUCUUCAUUUCAUCGAGCAGCCGCCUGGGGCCCUCAACACCAUCUUCCAGCAGCUUCCAUGGAGGACCUGGGGGGCAGAGUAGUGGGGCGCAGACCCCCUGCAGUGCUUUACCAAAUUGUGUGUGUGCACGUGCACUUUUAUCCGUGGAGAGGGACCACCGCUUUUCUGAAGUUCUCAAAGGCAGCCACGCUCUGGCAGCUCCAGGCCAGUGGGCAGAUGGCACCGUGCAGAAACCACGUGCCCAGGAGGGAGGUGACUACAUGGCCCGCAGGCACCAGGUCCAGCCAGCCCCCGGUUGCUUUCACAAGUGGUUUCGCCAGAACCUCAGAGCCAGGAGGUCCUGCUGCCUUCAGGGAGCGUGCGGUGUCGUGCACGGGGUCCGCGCCUCCCCCUGCUCCCUGCACAGCCCCCUCUGCGCAGUGUUCCUCAGGGGCCCUCUCUGUGUGGACGGCAGCUGUCCGCGAGGCCCCCCGCAGCCGAGACCCAGAUGUCAGCACCUGGGUUCUGUCCAAGCAGCCUGUCCUCCCGCAAGUGGGCUGGGGCCACGUCCAUCUGCCUCCCCAGGACCCCCGGGUACUGCACCCCCACCACAGCAAGGGGUGUUCCGCAGGGACACUAAUAAAGGACCGUGAAGUGCUCUGA